GCCCCGUAGUCCCAACCAAUACCCCCACUCUUCGAUCUCCAUCUCCUCACUCCCCUCCACAGGUAGAUGCGCCUUUUUCUCCCCUUUUAUUCACAGAAAAAACCCUAGAUUCUAUCUCAACACCAAGAAACCCUAGCUCCAGUUCACUCCGAUGGCGGGAUCGGCCAGCACGUGGGCGCAUGCGCUGACUCGGAUCUCACCGUACACCUUUGCUUCGAUCGGGAUCGCCAUCUCAAUCGGCGUUUCGGUUCUCGGUGCAGCUUGGGGGAUUUACAUAACUGGUAGUAGCUUGAUUGGCGCAGCGAUCAAAGCGCCGAGGAUAACGUCGAAAAAUCUGAUUAGUGUUAUCUUUUGCGAGGCUGUCGCGAUAUAUGGUGUUAUUGUCGCAAUCAUUCUCCAAACCAAGUUAGAAAGUGUCCCAGCAUCUCAGAUAUAUGCUCCAGAGUCUCUGAGGGCAGGAUAUGCUAUCUUUGCUUCAGGCAUAAUAGUGGGCUUUGCAAAUCUUGUUUGCGGGCUUUGUGUGGGAAUAAUUGGAAGCAGCUGUGCACUUUCUGAUGCUCAGAACUCCUCCCUCUUUGUGAAGAUUUUGGUGAUUGAAAUCUUCGGUAGUGCUCUUGGUUUGUUUGGAGUUAUUGUAGGUAUCAUCAUGUCAGCUCAAGCAACUUGGCCAGCAAAGGCAGCAUGAUAUGUUGCCCCCAAAACAAAUACGAGACUUUACAGAUCUAUUUCAUUGAGCACAGGCAUUUACCCUGUUUUAGGGUUUUGGUCAAUGUUGCCUAUUUCAUUUAUGUUAAGCACGUAGCAUGUAAUAUGAUCUAUUUGGUCCUUGAACAGUAGAUAAAUAUUUUUGUUUUGAUCAAUAUUUGAAAGGAGAUGCGCUUGUGAAUAAAGCAUGAUAUGGCAUCAGUUCUGAAUAAGAAGAGAGAUGUGUUGGUUAUGGGGUUUGAUUACA